AUGGAAGAAGAUCGAAUGGAUAGUAUGUUUAACAACCAGUCUAAAUUGAGUAAUACUAACUUAUUAGUUGAUGAUGCUCCUAAAUCUAAACAGAAAUUUGAAGUAAAGAAAUGGACUGCUGUUGCUUUUUGGUCAUGGGGUAUGUAUUAAAUAUAUUGAUCGCGAUUUAAAUUGAUUACUAACUAUUUAAGAUAUUCAAAUUGAAAAUUGUGCAAUUUGUAGAAAUCAUUUAAUGGAACCUUGUAUUGAAUGUCAACCAAAUAGUAUUGCAAAUGGUAAUGAUGAAUGUAUUGCUGCUUGGGGUAAUUGUAAUCAUGCUUUUCAUUUACAUUGUAUUAAAAGAUGGUUAAAAACAAGAAAUGCCUGUCCUUUAGAUAAUACAGAAUGGACAUAUCAAAAAUUUGGUAAAUAA